AUGCCUGCUUCGUUUUUUUCCAGACUUGGGUUUAUCCAUUUCCUGAAUGUCCUGCUUCUGGUGUUGACUGAUUUGAGCUUGAGCAGUCCUAUCAAGUCUCCUGAGAACCAUCACAAGGCAUCAGUCGGCAGGCAUGUGCAUGAUAAUCCGCUACUUGAUGCGCAGGACUUUUUGAGCCAGUUUCUGUCCACACUGAAUCUCACAGAGUUGAGGCCCCAGCCCAGGCCCCUUGCUGCCCUUAUGGAGCCACCAGAGUACAUGCUGGAGCUGUAUAACCGAUUUGCCAACGACCGCACUGCUGUGCCCUCAGCCAACAUUGUGCGCAGUUUCAAGAAUGAAGAUUCCUCCCCCUACAGUAUAACAGCCAGAGGCAUACAGAUCCAUCCCCUGCUGUUCAACAUGUCCAUGCCCCACCAUGAGCACAUAACAAUAGCUGAACUUCGCCUUUUCACCCUAGUUCAGAAGGCCCAGAGACCAUAUGCUGGCUUUGACUGCAAGAUGACCAUUUACAAAAUACAUGAGGGUGUCGUUUGGACAAAAGAAGUCGGGAAAGAAGGGAGAAGGAGGGAUAAAGAGGAGGUGGUCGAGAUGAAGGAUUUAGAGGAACUGGUGACAAAGCAUAUCCAUGCCAAAGAUAACAGCUGGGUGUCAUUUGACCUGACUCACGUGGUUACACUCUGGCAGAAAUCAGGGUGUGCACUUCAUAAACUAGAGAUUCAUAUUGCAAGUCUGGGGUCAAAGGAAGAAGGGACCACACAAGAAAUCACAGAGGAAAAUGGAAGUUUGGUUGAGAUUGAUAUCGACAGAAACUUGGAAGGGAAACACAAUGCAGUAGUGAUUGUAUUUUCAGAUGAUCAGAGCAGGGACCAUAAACAGGAUAAAAAACAGCUCAACCAGAUGAUUGAACAUGAGGAUGACCUUCCUGAAAACAUGGUCCGGAGCCAGCAAGCUUUCUGGGGGCACUUUAAUCACAAUGCUGCCCAUGCUAACCAGGACAAACUGGAGUCCCUCACACAACUGCAGUCCAAUCUUAUCUAUGACACACCUCCCCGAAUCCGUCGCAAUGUUAAGAGUGAGCCAUGCAAGCGGACCCCACUCUUUGUGGAUUUUAAAGACAUUGGCUGGGAUGCGUGGAUCAUCCAGCCUCUGGGAUAUGAAGCAUAUGAGUGCAACGGUGUGUGCAACCCACCUAUGACCUCUGAGGUUUCACCUACCAAACAUGCCAUAGUGCAGACACUGCUGAGUGUUAAGAGUCCAGAGAGAGUGUCACGUGCCUGCUGCGUUCCCACAAAGCUGGAGCCAAUAUCACUUCUUUAUCACGACAAUGGGGUGAUCACUUUCAAUCACAAAUAUGAGGAGAUGGUGGUGGCAGAGUGUGGCUGUAGAUAG